AUGAACGUGUUGGAGCUGCUCCGCCAGCGCGUGCCCCGCUGCUGCGUGCCACUGAGAGCACGCACCUGUCGCGCUCGCGCUCGGGGUGUGAGCGCAUAUGGAAGUGGCAGGUGGCGAGAACGUGCGCCGCUCGCGCCGUUCAGCCCACUUAGCGCCAGAGCUGCUCGCGUGGCCCGCGGACACGCUGCAGCUUCCCGCAAAACAGGGCGACUGAAAUUGAAGAUGCGUCUGAAAAGCGGGGAUUCAAACGACUGGGACAAUAUGAGCAGGAGGCUGACAGAUUUUACAGGAAAGAGGAGACACUGUCCCAUCAAGGGACGAAACGACCUCCAUCACGUCUCGUACAAACGCUUCAGGAGGCGGAUCGUCCAGGGGAGCGGCCGUGAGGGUCCUGCUGCGAGUACACCGCUGGCCACUGGGCGGCAGUGUGAGCCCAGCUUUGAGUUUGAUCCCGUCUGUCAGAGGCUGCAGCUGGAUUCCCCACCCAGACACCAUGAGCCAGAACAGAGGGACCUGCGGGGAAGCCUCCAAGAGGCAGCGUCGGCAGGAGGCGAGUCCCGUGACGUGGCUGUCACACCACCGAAGACGCCACGCACCAUCACUGCCAGGAGACGGCCUGCCACAGAAAAUGCCUCAGAACAGGGAUUUGUGUGGCGAGCUGCAGUUCAAGAACAUGCAAAUACUCGACGGGCUGUUUCUGAUGAGAGACGUACUGAUUUGCAGCCAUUUGCUGUUCUGGACAAAACCUCUGUGAGUCUGCAGGGAAAGCCGUUGAUGAAGCUGGCGGCACCAUCGCUGCUGAACGACUACUACACCAGUCUUCUCGACUGCAGUUGUAACGGCAUGAUCGCAUUAGCCCUGGGCUCUUCUGUUUACCUUUGGAAUUCAGAAACUCGUGCCCCGGUGGGACGUUUGGACCCGAGCCCGCAACCAGGAGCGUCAGACCUUCGGUCCAUCUCAUGUCUGUGCUGGAGCAGAGGUGGCAGCGCUCUCUGCAUUGGGACCAGGCGAGGGGAGAUACAGUUGUGGGAUGUUGAACGCAAGCAGAACGUGAGGUCUCUGCCAUCUCACUCGUCUGUGGUCAGAGCUAUUUCCUGGAAACAGCAGUUACUCAGCAGCGGCUCUGCUCUCGGACGCAUCCAUCACCUCGACCCCCGGGCUCCUGCACCUCUGGUGGGUGCAGCCGUGCAGAAGGAGGGGAUCUGCAGCCUUGAGUGGUCACCAGGGGGCGACUGGCUGGCCAGCGGCUCCACAGAGGGCCUUCUCUGUAUAUGGGAUAGUAAUGUCACAGGGCUCACAGGGUCACACCAGCCGGUCACUACAAUGAAGCAGCCCAGUGCUGUUAAGGCAAUGGGAUGGUGUCCAUGGCAGAGGAAGACGAUCGCCACCGGAGGGGGGUGGAAAGAUGGCGAGCUGAGAAUGUGGGACGCAGAUUCAGGGACUUGUCUGACUUCUGCCAACACUAAUUCACAGGUGUGUUCUCUACGAUGGGCUGAAAAGAAGAGGUGUCUGCUCACAGGUCACGGCCUCCCUCAGCACCACCUCACCUGCUGGACCUGGGAGUUUCCCUCCCUCAGCCCCACCCACCAGCUCACAGGUCAUUCUCAGCGAGUCCUGCACUUGGCCUUAAACCCAGACAGUACGCAGAUUUUCUCUGCUGGAGCAGACCAGCGCUUUCACAUCUGGGACAUGUGAUUAUCAGCUUCACCGAACAUGGAGAAUGAAUGUGGCUGGCAUUCAGUCACACCUGUGUAAAACGUGUCGUGUCCACGCACAAGAAGCUCAUUUUCUCGGUAAUGCCAUUGUGGCGAGAAUGCACAUUUCCUGUCCCCUUCUCUGAAACAACCACAAUGGCGCUUACCAAGCCUACCACAGUCAAGCUUAUUGUCACUCUAAUAAAGUGCACGCACCACAACUGAAGCGCUUUUCUGUCUCUUUUAGGGUAAAAUGACAUAUUAAGAAUUUACUCAAAUCCUAUACAAUAUACUACUUACUCUUUUUUAAUGGAGUUUACUUGUUUCUGAUUGAAAUAUGGAUAAGAGGGAAUUCAUGUAAUAAAAUUCAAAGUCAGCCAGUUGACUGAGGAGUUAACUGGAGGACUGCACUGAAGCUGAGGUGCCAGUAGAACAAAAGCUUGGUUAACCUGGAUUUUCGCAGCCUUUCUGGACAGAAAGCAGCUAAAAAUUCACUGUUAUCGU